GUCAUGCGGGAUUUUCCUGCCUCCCACUCCUUCCUCAUGGAAGGAGGAAGACCUACAAACUCCGUGAAGUUGGAGAGGCAGCGCGUGGAGAGCACCUCCUCCUCCUUCUCUUCCUCCUCGCGCUCUCCCGCUCGCGCCUGCAGUCUUCCUCCUGCUGCGGAGCUGUCUGCAUCCAUGCAGCAUCUCUGCCCUGCGCAGAGCCUCCUCAUCCCCCGCGGCUCCCACGGCGGACCAGGCGGCGAAUUCAGAGAUUUCCCCCAUUUCAGCACCACGGACAGAGACCCGCGCGGACCAUCCCGGAGCUCCUAGACGGGAGUUUUAUUCAUUUUUCCUUCAGUUUGUGUCUCCUCCGUGAGUCUGGAGUCAUUUAACAGUUAGAUGUCUCCUUGAUGCCCUCUUCCAUCAAACGCAUGCGUGCCGAGGUGGGACACCUGUAGUCAAUCCGGAGCUCCAGCCUGCGCCUGCAGCCUGCAGCCUGCAGCCUGCGGCAUGGCUCGUCUCCGCCGGCCCGCAGCUCUGCUGCUCUCCGCGCUCCUCUGCUUCUCCUGCGCCGCAGACAAGAAGAAGAAGAAGCUCUACAUCGGAGCCCUGUUCCCCAUGAGCGGGGGCUGGCCGGGGGGCCAAGCCUGCCUCCCCGCCACUCAGAUGGCCCUGCAGCUGGUCAACAAGAGGACCGACAUCCUGCCCGACUACGAGCUGGAGCUCAUCCACUACGACAGCAUGUGCGAUCCUGGCCAGGCCACCAAGUUACUGUACGACCUUCUGUACACGGAGCCCAUCAAGGUGGUGCUGAUGCCGGGCUGCAGCUCCGUGUCCACACUGGUGGCUGAAGCUGCUCGCAUGUGGAACCUCAUCGUGUUGUCCUACGGCUCCAGCUCUCCUGCUCUGUCCAACCGCCAGCGCUUUCCCACCUUCUUCCGCACGCAUCCGUCCGCAACGCUGCACAACCCCACCCGGGUGCAGCUCUUUCAGAAGUGGAAGUGGACCAAGAUCGCCACCAUUCAGCAAACCACUGAGGUCUUCACCUCGACUCUGGACGACCUGGAGGAGAGGACGAAGGAGGCCGGCAUCGACAUCAGCGUCCGCCAGAGUUUCCUCACCGAUCCUGCAGUCGCUGUUAAGAACCUCAAGAGACAAGACGCCAGGAUCAUCGUCGGCCUGUUCUACGAGACUGAGGCCAGGAAGGUCUUCUGUGAGGUGUACAAAGAGAAGCUGUACGGGAAAAAGUAUGUGUGGUUUCUGAUUGGCUGGUACGCGGACAACUGGUUUAAAAUCAAGGAUCCGUCCAUCAACUGCACAUUGGAGCAGAUGUCGGAGGCUGUGGAGGGUCAUGUGACCACCGAGAUCGUGAUGCUCAACCCGGAAACAGUCCGAGGAGCUUCCAAUCUGACCUCCCAGGAAUUUCUAACCCAACUGAUGUCUAAGCUGGGGGGUAAAAACCCAGAAGAGACGGGCGGUUUCCAGGAAGCCCCGCUGGCCUACGACGCCGUGUGGGCGCUGGCGCUGGCCCUCAAUAAGACCGUGGGACCUUUGAAGGCCAAGGGUCACCGUUUGGAAGACUUCAACUACAACAACAGGGACAUCACCAGUGAGAUCUACCGCGCCAUGAACACCAGCUCCUUUGAAGGAGUGUCAGGACAUGUUGUGUUCGAUGCUCAAGGAUCUCGGAUGGCGUGGACUCUGAUAGAACAGCUUCAAGGGGGGAGCUACAAGAAGAUUGGAUACUACGACAGCACGAAAGGCAAUCUAUCCUGGUAUGGAAAUGAUAAGUGGAUCGGACAAGGACCCCCUGCUGAUCAGACUGUGGUCAUUGAGGAGUUUCGCUACCUGUCCCAGAGACUCUUUGUGUCCAUGUCUGUGUUUGCUGUGGUGGGCAUCCUGCUGGGCAUCGUCUGCCUCACCUUCAACAUCUACAACAGCAGAGUCAGAUACAUCCAGAACUCUCAGCCCUACCUGAACAACAUGACCGCCGUGGGCUGCAUGAUGGCUCUGGCGGCGGUCUUCCCUCUGGGCAUCGACGGCCUUCACGUGCACAGGAGGCACUUUCCUGUCGUCUGCCAGUUCCGCUUGUGGCUGCUCGGUCUGGGUUUCAGCCUCGCAUACGGCAGCAUGUUCACCAAGAUCUGGUGGGUCCACACGGUCUUCACCAAGAAAGAUGAAAAGAGGGAAAAAAGGAAGCACUUGGACUCCUGGAAACUGUACGCCACCGUGGGAGUGCUGCUCGCCGUGGAUGUCUUGUUACUGAUGAUCUGGCAAAUAGUGGAUCCUCUGCACAUCACUGUGGAGAAGUUCACAAGGGAAGCUCCAAAAGAGGACCUGGAUGUCCUGAUCCAGCCUCUCCUGGAGCAUUGCAGCUCAGAGAAGAUGACCACUUGGCUUGGGGUGGUGUACGGCUAUAAAGGACUUCUGCUGCUGCUCGGCAUCUUCCUGGCCUAUGAAACCAAAUCCAUCUCCACGGAGAAGAUCAACGAUCACCGAGCUGUCGGCAUGGCCAUCUACAAUGUAGCUGUGCUCUGCCUGAUCACAGCGCCGGUCACCAUGAUCCUGUCGUCCCAACAGGACGCAUCGUUCGCGUUUGCCUCCUUGGCCAUCGUCUUCUCAGUCUACAUCACCCUGGUGGUUCUGUUCAUCCCAAAGAUGAGGCGCCUCAUCACACGGGGGGAGUGGCAGUCUGAUGCUCAGGAGACGGUAAAGAGCGGCUCCUCCACCAACAACCAUGACGAGGAGAAGUCCCGCCAGCUGGAGAGAGAGAACCAGGAGCUGGAGAAGAUCAUCCAGGAGAAAGAAGAACGAGUGUCUGAACUGAGGAACCAGCUGUCUGAGCGCCACGCCCUGCGCUCCAGGAAAACACCAUCCACCAUCACCCAAAACCAGAACCACAGCUUUCCCCUGCUCGCCGUCACUCUCAGCGACCCAAAGUCCUUGGCCCCACCCCCGGGGUAUCCGGCGCCCAUCUGUGACACCCACCCCGCCCCACAAUCCUUCUCAAACUCUUCCAGUCUGUACCAGGCUGACAGCAAGAUCAAUGUGAACAACUGUCACACCAGUCGGCUGCAGAUGCUCUACAAGUGACGUCCCCUCCUGCAGCUCUGAACACCUUCAGGUGAAACCCAACCAGAACCUCCACAGGCCAACGAGAACAAACGUGCAGAUCUUCCACCAGUCGAGAUCAAGAGGGCAGCGCUCGCUGUUCCUCGGUAGUUAGUGUUCCUGCCAGUGUGUGUUGCAGAUUUAGAAAACGUGAACAUGUGAGUUUUGACUAUGUGGUCCGUGCCGUUUCGCAGAAGUCACGCGUGAAAAAAAAAAAAAAAAAAAACCUCCGGCAGCUUAGUUCAAUGUGUGUCCCUGUAUAAAAAAGGAGCUGUGCUGAAUCUGAACUGGAGCUGCUGAUGACAAGUGCGGACUCAGACCUCCAGAGGUUCACGGUGGAGGAGGCUGUCUGUGAGUUUGAGGCUCUGGAUCCUCAAAGCUGCUGUUUUACAGUGACUGGCUCACUUUGUUACAGAAAUUAAUCAUUUAAAAGUUAAGAAAGAUGUAGCUGCUGGGGUACAGGUCUACAAUACACAGUAUUUACUCCCCAAUCAUUCAUGUGCAUCCAAAAAAAUUGCCAAGAAGAUCAGUAAAGAGGUCUAAAAAGGGUGCAACCACAGAUUAGAAGAAAGAUACGUUGGUUUUUUCCAGCUUUAGCGGUUGGAUUUUCCUUUCAGUGUUUAAAGUAUCAAGAACAUCUCACAGUUUCUCCCAGAGAUGGAAAUAAACCUGUGAAACAGAAACUCUGACAUCCCAGGUCUAUUGUGAGCGCUUCUCGUUUUGCACUUCUCACAUUUCUUCUGCGGUUUUGCUCCAAUUUCUUUAAUUUCUGUUUUUUUUUUUAAAUGAAAGUAACUUUUUCAAGCCAAUUUUUUUUGUUUCUUUUAGAAAGACACGUGGUUGUUCUUUGUUUGUACAGAAAUCUGUGAGCUUCACACAAACUGAAUGUCAUCUGUUUAGUUCUGCUCUGGCGAUGACCUCAAACAUCUUCAUCACUUCAGGAUCAUUAAACAUUAAAAUUACGAUAAAUGAAGCUGUGCACGAACACCUCACCUUCCACAGAGUGCUGCAUUUCUACUAGCAUUUUACAGUAAAAACAUCAUAAAUGUUGCCAAAUAAAAGUGUGUGCACAGUCACUUUUAGACCUUAAAAUCUAUCGGUCAGUCAAUUUUGAGCCUUCGUUUUAGAUCCGCUCCAAAAAAACGUGUUUUUAACAUGUUCUUCUGUCAUAUUUCUGGCAUUUGAAGACAUGCAUAUAAAGAAAAUUAAGCUCAAAAUUGCAUUUCUCUGUAUUUUUUAUUUAAAUCAUUAAAAAUCAGGAGCAGGCGAAAAAAAAAAAUACAUUUGAAAAUAAAGCUUAUUUGUGAUGGCUGGGCAGCCUAGGUGCUCCAAACUCUCAGCAGCCGUGAUUGGAAGAGGUGAAUUUCUAUGAAGUACUGCUGCUCUGCAGAAACUAUGUCCUAGAAAAUUGAUUUUGGCUACAAAAAAAAAGGGAGGGGGGUAAUCGUAAAUCAAAAGACCACUAGGAACAAUUUAAAAACAGAUCAAAAGAUAAUCAGUGUCAUUUGAAGACACUUCUUCCAUGAGUCAGCUGCAAAAAACAUCCCACACCUUUUUAUGAGUAACUCGGAAAUAAUUCCACCUUAAAUCCAAGUUUGACCCUGACAAGUUAAAAAUACCAUCAAAAUCCCACUUAAGGAAAAUGUAAAUUUUCCCUUUUUUAAAAUAAAUUUCAACUUCCCUAAUUUUAUUUGAAUUAUCUACAAACAGAAAAAAAGCACAGGUCUUAAUUAAAAUUUAAAAAGUUCGUCCCAGGGUGUCUCUCUGAUCUCCUCGGUAGGUCGACCCUCCACCUCCAGUUUUGCAUCAGAAGCAGAUCUCUUCACUUUCAGUGGUUUGAUUUCAGAGCAACCGUGAUUGAGCUCGAAACUCACUGUAGGAACCAGAACAACACUAGGAAACAAUCACUCACUUCAGAUCCCUGUUGCAUCUGCACAUUCGUGUCUGAGACCAGAAAUAAAAUCCUGUUCUGAACAUCUACAGCAGACCAAAACGUCAACGUCCACAAAUCAAACUGAUGUCAACUAAUAAAUACUGAAGUCAGAUAGAAAAUGUGUGUAAAAGCUUUAUGAUUCAUCAGAAGUUUCCAGAACAAAGGAGUUCCUAACUACUGUGAAUAUGUUUAAACGAUUAAUGAAAUUGGAUGCAAAUGUUGGCUUUUAUUGAUAAAUAUCCAACAUUUACAUCUUUGUUUUCUUUUGUUUCUGCUCCGGAUUCAGAGCUAUUAAUACAGUUAAGGUGGUGAAUAAAUGUUGAUUUUCCUCACCGCCCACACAGCCACAUCACUGUUUGUUUCCAGGACUUCAGAACGAAAGGAGCUGAGGAGGUGUUUAAGUAUUAUGUAUUUUAAAUAUUUUAUGCAAUUAACUGCUAAAACCAAUAUUUUUGUCCCAAAAAAAUUUGCACACCCAUAAUGUUUCAAUGCUUUGCUAUUAGUUGAGUCUCAAUUUUUAAUUUAAAAACAUAGAAAAGCAGAUUAUUAUAUUCUGUUUGACUCUUCCUCAGUCACUUGUUGAUCUUCCUCAAACGUUUUCAUCGCUUUUGCUUGUUUGCUUUGGAUACAAGCUUCUAAUAAAUGAUUUAAAUGUACAUUUUAAACAUGUUUCUCAUCACAUCAUUAUUAAUAAAAUGUCAGCAUUUUUGUUGUCACUUUUGAA